AUGCCACACAUGCCUGCCACCGUCCCUGGGGCCCCCUGGCACCAGCAGCAGGGGACCCCUCCCCCUUUCCCGGGGGCCCCCUACUACUCACAAAUGGGUACCCCUCCCCCUUUCCCUGGGGUCCCCUACUACCCGCAACAGGGUCCCCAUCCUCCUUUCCCUGGGUCUCCCUACUACCCGCAACUGGGGACCCCUUCAGCUUUCCCUGAGAUCUCCUGCUACCCGCAGCAGGGGCCCUGUCCUCCCUUCUCUGGGGUCCCCUACUACCCUCAACUGGAGACCCCAUCCCCUUUCCCUGGGGUCUCCUACCACCCGCAGCAGGGACCCCGUCCUCCUCUCCCUGGGGUCCCCUACUACCCGCAACUGGGGACCCCUUCCCCUUUCCCCGGGGGCCCCUACAACCCCCAACUGGGGACCCCUCCCCCUUUCCCUAGUGGCGCCUACAACCCGCAACUGGGGAACCCUCCCCCUUUCCCUGUGGACCCCUACCAAUCGCAACUGGGGACCCUUCCCACUUUUCCUGGAGUCCCCUGCUACCAUAAACUGGGGACCCCUCCUCCUUUUCCUGGUGACCCCUGCUACCCGCAGUUGGGGAAUCUUCCCCCUAUCCCUGGGGUCCCCUGCUACCCGCAGAUGGCGAAUCCUCACCCUGUCCCUGGGGUCCCAUUCCAGCCUCAGGAGGCCACUCCUCCCUCUUUAACAGAGACCCCAUCCCAGCGUCAGGAGGAUAGCCCUCCCCUUUGUAAUGAGAACUCCUCCCAGAUUCAGGAGGGGAGUCCUCCCGCUUCAACUGAGACCUCCUCUGUGCCAAAGAAGGGGACUCCUCCCGCUUCCCUUGAUACCUCCUCCCAGGCUCAAGAGGGGAGUCCUCCCUCUUUCCCUGAGAGAUCCUUCCAGUCUCAGCUGGGGACUCCUCCCCCUUUCCCUGUGUUGGUCCCCUGGUACAAUUGGCUGGGGACUCCUCCCCCAUUCCCUGGCGUUCCCUGCCCCCCACAGCAGUUUCCAGUCUUGCCUAAUUCUUGCCUGGAGCCUCUGUAA